CCGUGUUUUGCUUUCCCAAGGUCGAAGCUUUCGGGACUGCGACGAAUACAAUUUCAUUCGAUCGUGUAAUGGAACAAAUGGAGGUGCAGAAUAUCCAAAGAGUUUUAAUUAAUGAAGAUGGUAAAGUAUUUGUGAUCAUUCUGCGAGUUUUUACUCAUAAUUGUGGAAAAUCAAACCUCGAUAGAUUGGGAACAGAAGUGCUUUGUCUCAUAUUAUCGAUUAGCACUGGCGAUUCUUAAUUUGCAACAUUAACGAUUUGACUCCAAGAAUGCUAUCUUGAAUGCAUUUAAGUAAAAAAUCGACUAUAAAAGCCUAAAAUACUACAUAUUAGUCCCUUCUAUGAUGAUGGUUUCCUAAAGGUCUUGUAAUAUAUAUAUUUGUCCAACAACGAGUCAAAACUCAUUUGAAGGGGUUAUGUAUAAUCCCUCAAUUCCGCAUGCCAUCGGCGCUAUCCUUUCGCUGAGUGUUAGCCCAGUAUUCAAUUUAAUAAAAAUUAAAGGAGUGCAUGAUUUAUUUUGCAUUAGAUUGUACUUUUAAGCCGAAAUUUGGGUUGAAAAUUGAUUGUAUUUAUAUUGUUCAUCUUUCUUUAGAUAUAUCAGGACAUGCAAUUAACCAGGCAGCUGUGUUUGUAGAAGAUGCAGCACAGGUAAUGAGGCCAUCUCCAAUUUUUUUGUUAGUUCAUUGUCAUUGUGUUUCCUAAUUUUGGUUUGGCCAGUUGUAGUGAAAUAAGAAGAAUUUUCGUAGUCCAGAAGGGAGAGGCCUGGAGUAACAACAAAUUACUAGGAAGUAGUGGAUGGGGAUAGUGAUUAACUUCUCCAUAUCCCUCACCUCUUCAUGUAUUUUAUACUGUUAAGGUCAAGGAAGGCAUAACUCUUGUAGUGGUCAAAUGAUAAAACAAAAUUUGCCCCUUUCUCCCCCUCCCUCAAGAAACAAUUAGAGAGAAAACCACCUUGUAGGAUCCUCUAUCAAAUAUCAUGCCUUUGUACUGGGUUGUUUUCCAGAGAUGUGGAGAACAUCUUUCUUUUGACCAAGAAGGUGAGAUUUAGGGUUUUGCUAGGGGUGAGCAUUAGCUGUGACCUAUUUUAAAUUUAUUCCUUUAUUUGUAAAAAAGGAGAAAUUUGUGCUAUAAGUCAUAAAAAGCAGCUCUGUCUUAACUGUUCAAUGGUGUCCUUCAGAUUUCUCCAUUAAACCUCUUUUCAUUAACAUUCUGGGAUCUUAACUGUGUAGUUAUGGAAGGGGCAGAUGAGAAUUAUUUGGCUUGUGACGAUAUGAUGUACUGUAUAUACCAAGCACAGAGAUGUACAUCCCUGAAGACUGAGGGCAAAAUAUUUUUCCAUCCAGCUCAACAGUACUCAGCCAAUAAGCUUUCUGUUAUUUGGCAGCCUCUGUUUCUCUUUCUUUCUUUUUUUUGUAUUGUGGAUCUGUGGGUCAUAUGUGAGGCAAUAGGGCUUUUGUUGAGUACAGCAGUUAUACAGGGAGUUUUUUCAUAACAGUUUUAACCCUUCAACUCCCAAAGGUGAUUAGGACAGAAUUUCUCCAUAGAAUAUCAAUCCAAUAUUAACCAGAUAAGUGAUGAGAAUAAAGAAAAAUAUCAAUUUGGGAAUAAUUAGUCAAUCCAAUGCUAAAUUCUCUGAAGUAACAUUAUAAGAAUUAUGAUUUUAUGGUUGACAAUAAGGAGAAUUAAAAAUUUGAUCAGGGAGUUAAAGGAUUAAAUAACACACACGUCACUGUAUGAGUGGCAUGAUAAAUAACCCUUAUUAUGUAUCUUUAUGUACAUGCAAAUCCAAAUCCUUUCCAUGUCUUUUUAUAGUAUAGAUCAAUUAACCACAAAGUUGACAGCAAGUCACUGUGGAUGUACAGGUGGUACUACAGCAAACCUGUCAGAUGGUAAGCAGAAUUAUAUUUUCUAGAGAAAGUAGAUAAUGUAGAUAAUGUAGAUGAAAGUUACUCAUUUUAAACUACAGUCAAACCUUGAUUAUCCAGACUAGUUAGGACUAAACAAAAUACUGUCUGGAUAAUCGAGGGUCUGGAUAAUCAAGAACAUGAACAUUAAUGAGGAACAAAAACUGAUGAAAUUAAGAAAGUAACAUUUAAUUGUGAGACGAAACAUUUACAAAUCAAGGACAUGAUGAUCAUGAAUAAACAUUUGUGAUGCUGUGUAGCUUGUUUAUCUUGCAUACCACACUGAACGAGCCAAUAGAGUGUGAAAUCUCACUUAGCAACAAAGCAAGUCUAAGCCAAUCAGACCUCAUUCAAAUGUUCUUCGUUAGUUACAACACAUGCUUUUACUUUUUGAAAGUGAAACAAACAUGCCUUUAUUUCACUUUUUAAUGCUCUAGUUUUGAAGAAUAUGGUUACAAAUCUUGAUCAUGACUUCUAAGUAUUCAUGACAAAACUGGGAUCAGAGAAAAAGUCUGAAUAAUUGAGAAAUCCGGAUAAUCAAGGUGUGGACAAUCAAGGUUUGACUGUGAAUGGAGUACUGUUUUAUGAUGUGGGAUUAGAACAUUCAUUUUUAACUCGUGCAAAUGAGUUUUUCAGGGAUUCUAAUAUAGAAACAAGUUACUCACUAAGAUGUAGACACUGAGGUGAUUUGUUGUCCCAAAGUCGCUGGAGCAUGAAAGCAUAUUGGAGUAGUUCCAAGGGAACAAAAACUUGUUGAGUUUGGGCACAAACCUAAUACUGAGAAUAUCUUUGAUUGUUUAUGAUCUGAUAUAAAACAAGAACCGUGAUUGAAUUUAAUUAUCUUAGGUAAACAUUGGCAGUUGGAUUGAUCAGCAGAGGAGAAAAAUAAUCCUGUGCUUUUCUGAUGAAAGAAAAUGUGAGGAAUUCAUUGCCAAAAUCUUUAACUUCAAUCAGUCAAAAAGAACUUCUGGUUCUCUCUCUGGUUUUUCGGAAGCAUGGCUUUUGAGAUAAGAGCAACCUUGCAUGGCUGCAACACCAAUAAUUACAAUUUCACAAUCAUGUUUCAUCCCAAAAUUAAGCACUUUAUGCACGAGCUGGCCAAUUAUUAGAUAUUCUUUGAUUUUAAAUUUUUAAUAGCUGAGCAGCAAAUACAAUAUCCUUGAAAGUUUAAUAGUUGAGAUCUACAUUAAUUUGUUCCCAUCCACCAUGAUUACUUCCAGUCAACUGGAAGUAAGCAGAGGUUUACAUGUGGCUAAAAAAGGCCUAUUUUUUGCUGAACUAAUGAGUAACUGUGGAGAGACAAAUUCUUAAACUUAUAAUUAAUUUGACCAAUUUCAAUCCUUUUAAGGGCAAAAACAUUUGAGUAAUACAUUGCCAAUUUUUGUGUUAUUACUUGACUUAACAGUGAUUUUUCAGUUUGCCAUUUUUUCUUUUUAGUUUUUAAAAAAUCCAAUAUGCUGUUAGAAAUAAUUUUUUUUGAAUUAGUUUAUUAAUUGAUGGAAUUUUAAAUUUAUCCCUAGCCUAAGAGUUAUCUUGUACAGACUGAUAUUCUAAUUAGAUAUAUGGAAGUGGACUGAUAUUUCCAUUAAAAAAAUAUGAUCUAAUUUGUGUUACAGGGGAUACACAUUUAUCAUCUUCCUCUACUUGAUGCUGGCAUUUGUAGAAAAGCCUUCUUCUUUGACGUAAGUAUUUGUGUCUUUGUACUUGUAUGUGUAUCUGAUAAUGCCUAACAUACUUCACAUAGCAUUCUUUGGAACAAACUUUAAAAGUAAACACACUCCGAUUAGCAAGCAGACUUACAGAAUUUUCUAAGUUAUUUGUGCUGCAUAUUUGUUUAGAUUAAACAUAAAAACACAUGUAGAUUGGGCCAGAUUGUUUAUUACUUCAAUGUACAACUGAUAAAAGAGAUUUUCAGUUUUGUUAUCUCUGUGCUACAUGCAGAUGUUAUUGGAAAAUAUAUCAACUCAAUGAAGAGAGCACAAAAUUCUUGUUCUGGGUAAUUCCUUAAUAAAUUUCCCCCUGUUUAAAUUUGACUUUGCUUUGUUUCAAACUCAUUUUCUUUCAUUACUGUUUUCAAAAACAGAGGAGAUUGAAAAGCCAAGGAUGAAAAUGAAUAAAAUUGAGAUAGACGUCAAUUGCAAUAUGACAUAAAAGUGUGUGUUAAAUAUUGAAUCAUUUGUCUGCAAUCUUUGUUUCAUUUCAAGGCUAUCAUCUGAUCCUCGGUUUCGUGGAAAGAGACCUAACCCUCCUUGUGGAGUCACAGAGAGUUUUGAAAUCAUCUUCCUUCUUUGUUUUGUCUUUGACUUGGUUGUCAAGGUUGGUUGUCUUUGACUUGGUUGUCUUCCCAUUACAGUUUUAUUAACAUCAAAAUUCUUGAUACUCUCUGAGAUUAUAUUUUAAGGAUCCUUUCGAUCUCAAAGUAUGGUAGGGUCUCUACUGGGAUUUAAUUUUCUAAUUUUGGUCUACAUUUGAUUAUUUAACUUUUAUGUAAACAGUUUUGAGUUGGUUGUGUGUCUUUUUUCACUACUUGCAUUUUUUUUUAUUACUGAUCAUUUCAAUUAAUCUAUAGCAAAGUUAGAUUUUACUGAUUUCAUGCAUGACCCUCAGGCUUGUAGCUUUACAAUUAUGGUGUUGAAAUAUUGUAGGCAUGGAUCUCUGAUAUCAAUUGAAAAUUUGAUCCAAAUUAAAAAAAAAAAAAUAUCCAUAUAGCUAAACAUCUUUGAAGGUUUUAAGCUGUCCAGAGCAUUAAAUGUCAUUUAUUUGAACAUUCUCAAGAUCCUACACAAAGAUCCACAAAACUUUUUAGAUGGCAAUUUCUCAUAUAGAUGCACAAUGUGCUUGUUCUAGCAAUAUUCUAGUAGCUGCAACAUUUGUUAUUUAAUUAUUUGACAAGUGAAUUUAAGAUAGGUCUAUAUUUAUACUACUUACUUGAAUUUAUUCUAAAUUCUGGUUUACUUCUGAUUUUCAGGGUCAUGUGCUGGGAAGACAGGAAGUCAUCAAGAACAGAUGGCUUCUGUCAUAUUGUGGGGUACUCAUAAUCUCCUUCAUAGAUGUUUUUAUCUCACUCAGUUCAGGCUGUAAACUGGUGAGUUAUUAAUCUGGGAGAGCAUGAUUCAGAAAAUGAGUAGAUGAGACAUUGUAUAACUGUUAGGCAGCUUAUUUUGUACUUUGUCUACCAUUUUAAUAUGCAUACUGUGGCACACUUUUAGUUAAUAUGUUUUGCUUGUUUUGGUUUUCAGUAUCCAGUGAGGCAAGGUAUUAAAAAUGAAACAAAAUCCAAACUUGCUCCAGGACCUAUCUAGCAGAAAUGUCUAUAUUAAAUUGCAGAUUUUUUAUUGUUAUUUUAAUAGCGUGUCAGGAUUCACCGCCUUUUCAGACCAUUCUUUCUGAUACAAAACUCUUCUUUAAUGAAAAAACUGGUGAGUGAUGCUUUGCACAGCCGGAGGGUUUGACCAUAACUUUAAGUUUUGUGAUGAUAAAGGUUGUACAUGUAAGUUAGAUUUAGAGCGCUUAGUGAGAAAAAUCAAACUGAAGAUAAAACUGAAAAAAAAAAUCCCAAAUAGUGAAAGAGCAGCCUGGUACUUAUAUGCAAGAUGACAUUGAGGAUUAAUUAUUUUAUAUUUUAUGUAUUGAUUUUAAAAUAAUACAUUUCAGAUUUCAAAAGCAUUCUUUCUCCAGAGUAACUGAUAUUUUGUUACAAAAUUGACACUACAGGUGGAAAGAUCUCUUGCUUGGAAGCAUGUACAAUUUAACUUGGCUAGGACCUCUAGACUCUAAUUGAACCUUACAUUUAUAUCACUUGGCCAUGAUACCCUGAAGGUUAUAUACCAUAAUCUGAACUGUGCAAUGCAUUAUGCCUAAUUGCAAUACUUACACUGUGAUUCUUAGGGCUAGUUAUUUAAACUAAGUUUAGCUGUUGUUUAACAAAACUGCUUUCUAAACUAUCUUGAAUUUAGCUGAAUCUUUUAUCUGAACAUUUAUUUUUGUGAACAGUGUCAAGGAAGGAUAUUUAUUUUAUGAAAGUAAACCUCUUGUAGAGAAUAUAUAAGGCCCACUACUUGGGUUAGACCUUGUGUGAAUAACUGGUCAUUUAAGUUUUGGGAAACAACCCCUUGCAGUAAUUGCUUCCCUCAAAAAUAGUCUCAAAAUUUGUACAAAGUAACCUGGUUUGUUCCUCAACACAAAAUUUUUGUGUGUUUCCUUUAAAAGCUACAUGUAAACUUGGAUGUUUUAUACUUUCCAAAAUAAUUUCUCCUACAGUUGCAUGCAAUAAAGAGAACAGUACCAGAAAUUCUCAGGUAUGAACCAUUGUCUGACUUCAUAUUUACUUAUACUUACAGUUUACAUUGUAGCUGAGUGUGCUCUCAUGUUUUUAGUGUGCUGUUUCUUCUUCUUCUUCACCUGUGGUUCUUUGCCAUGUGUGGUAUGCUUCUGUUCCCACAGGUAAGUCACUUUGUCAAAUCCUACUUUUAGCUGUUAUACUGUAGGCCUGAAUAUUGUGUGACUGCCUGUCACAUCCUUAUUGCUCCUUAGUGAUAGUGAAUGUCAACCAACUGUCCUGUGACAAUCUUCAUUUGUCACUAUCCUUUUAGUGUCCUCAAAUCAAGCUGCUGAUGACCAAUCACGUUCAAAAUUUUGUUAUAGUUUUGACUACAUGUAACUCUCUAAUCUCUCUUUUUUUCUUGUUAUGCCAUAUUCUUCACACUGGAAGGCAUCAAGACAUAACAGCACCCUUGCGGUAAAGUACCAUUAAAUUACUCUCUAACUGACAAACAUUGACUCGUCAAAUUAUAGAUUCGCACAUUUCAGCAUAAGUGUUAUGUGACUUGUAGUAAAUCAUAUGCCGCUCAUAAAGAGUAAGAGCUGUAAUCCGCAUUCAUAUUUCAGAGUUACCCGUGUAGCGACCACAAUAAUGAUUCAGCCAGUGGUGCAGCUUGUGAGGGUUCUGAAUUUUUCCCAAAGCUGGAAAUAUCUCUGAGGAGUCUUUUGGUUCUGUUGACUACAGCUAAUAACCCAGAUGGUAAGAAUAACAUGUUCAAGCAAAACUUCUUUGAGAUUACUCUGAAACCUUUGAAAUAUUUUUUACUCAGUACUUUUGAACUUCAACCUUGUCAGCCUUAUAACUGACUUAUUGGGUUUUCCAGGCCAAUCAGUGUUGAAUUCAUAGCUGCCUGGUAUCUUCUGCUGCGUAUUUUGUUUUCUAGUCGUUCCAGACGCAUAGUUUGCCAACCAGUUGCAAUAGUCACGACGAUUGCAGUGUUGCUUUCUCGCCCGUUUACUGACUGAUUACCUGGAAUAGGGAAAGAUCUAAAUAACCAGUAGUCUGUUUUUUGUUUUCUUCUUAUAGUCUCAGGAACGGAUGGUUGCAUGAUGCGGUAUGGCGUGUAAGGGCUGGGUCCAGUUUUCUCGCUCACAACACAACCAAGACACGCCCUGCCGUUUUCGUGUCUUCCCCAAUCUCUUCAGGCCCAAACGUUUUCACUUUCUAAAGAAAGUAUAUUUCUUUCACUUUAUCGAGAGAGAAACAUACUCUUAGCCGUCUUGGAAGGAUUUUAGAAAUUUUUACUCGCUUGAGGACUUGAAAUGAAUGGUUUACUUGUAAAUAAAUGAAUGAUUGGUUGACUGAGUUGACUUUCUAAUUGAGACGUUUUCUCUUUGUUUUGAAUCAGUGAUGAUGCCUGCUUACAUGAAAAACAGAUUCUACGCAAUUUUUUUCAUCACUUUUACAAUAAUUGGUGAGUACUUAGAGGAAAGAUAUUAAGCUGAAGUUCAUGUUUCACAAGUUUCAUCUCUUGAUCGAGUGACCCUGCGCUCCACAAUCGUCAGUAACUACUUACAAACUUUGUACAAACUUUGGUAACCCUCACGAACGUAGUGAUGAGAACGUCUGUUAUUAGGCAGUAGUAGGCGCUUUAAAAUAGGCAACUGAAACGACGAGUUGAAGGUUGUGUCAACCUUUUCCAGUCCAUCUAAUGGAGUGCCAAACGAUUCGCGCGUCCAAGUGUUAGCGACUCCUUCCCAGCUCUCACAAGGAUUUUCAAGCAAAUCGAAUUGGUGCGAAGGGUCUACCCUGUGGAGAGGUUGCUUUGAUCCUAAGAAAAAAAAUCGGAAGAGGAUACGCCGAGUUUACUUACAGGCUGAUUAUUGACGCCCCGGCAGAGACUGUGUACGUAAGAUUUUUCACGUCACAGGGGAGGUUUAUAAUAACAAUAACAGUGGUCUCUCAUUUUUGUCCGACGUUGUCCAAUUUCAACGCAGUACUAUCUAAAUGUGCUCAGUCUGGUCUGUUCUGUGUCAACAGUGCACAUUGCGUUAACACGCCGUUAAACAACGCUGUUGAAAAGGAUAAUUUAGUUUUAUCUACUCAGUUGAUAAUACUAAAUUACCCUGUUAUACUCUCCCACCGACGCAGCACCAUAGUUUUUUUUAGAAACUUACCCCCUUUAAACAAGUUUUAAAUUUCUUCUUCAAUACUGUACCAUAAUUCCUCUUUUCUUUAAUAUAGGUCUUUACUUCUUCUUGAAUAUGUUAACGGCUGUCAUAUAUAACCAGUUUAGAGGAUACCUGACCGUAAGUCUGCUCUUUAAUUGCCUGUAUAAUUGCCUAUUUGUCUUUUCUUAUUGGUACACUCAUGUCGCACGCGCUCACAAGGUUUCUUUGUUUAUUUGUGCGGCAUGACAUGAGCCUAGUCAUUAGAACAAAACUCUCUUUUUACCUUCAUUGAAUCUGCGGUGGAAACUGUUCAGAGUUUGAUGGAUUCAGCCUGAUUGGAUGCCGUACCCACUGGAUAGCGGUAACGUGAAAUGCACCUCAACAUCUUAUCUACUGUCUUUAGGGAAAGAAGCAAAAUACUUGCCUCAAACUUUUUUUUGUUAGCUGGUAAUACUAGGUUAUUAGUGUAAUGAAUUUAUAAAUAUUUAACUCUUCUGAUAUUCAAUGGCUAUUAGGGUUUCAAAGCUUUAGUUACAUGAUUGAAUUUUCCUCCAGAGUUCGCUUCAAGCAAGUUUUUUUCGUCGAAGAGUUGGAAUCAGAGCUGCAUUUGAGGUUCUUCUUAAAAUUCAAGAUCAAGAUGGCGAUGUGCCAUUGUAAGUAGCAAACAGUUUUUGACGCGAAUUGGCCGCGAAAACGUUGCCCUUAGAGAAAUAACCUUUUGUGCAAUGUUCAUUGGCUAAAUGAGAAAAAUAUUAAGAAUGCAAGUACCUAAAGUCAGUAUAACAUGCAAAUGUUUUUACAUUUUUUUCUGAUGACCAAUCAAUGUUGUAGUUUUAAAGUGAUUUUUAUGCAUAUCAGUGUCAUUUGCACCAAUAAGUAAUUGUUUGUGUUCUCGUCUAAUAAUUUUUACAGAGGACAUGUAAGUACAGCUGACGCCAAAACGGUCAUCGAAAAGGCAAACAUUGGCAGAAGAGCCAGUCAAGUCGUAUUGUUGGUAAGGAGUUGUUUCGCCCAGUAAAAAGUCAAAGGCUUCUAUUGACUGGGGAAACGAUGAUUCUCUGCUAUUUGCUACACAGAGGAAACAAAUACGGCAUUUCUUUGGCUGUGGACUCACUAAACUCUUUACACCCAAACACCAGAGUGCACAUUCUCCAUACUUUUCUGUAUACAUUUCUUAAGGUGCUGACAAGGAGAAUCUGGUCAGAAAUCAAAAGCUACUUUAGUUGGUUACCAUUUCCUAAAUAUUCUCGCGACCUUAAUGUGUGAUUCAGGAAGGGUAUUGUAAGGAGAAAUUAGAUGCUAGUCACUCCCAGGAGUCCAAGGCUUAAGUAUGUUACUAGACGCCUAAGGGCUUUUUUGAUGCCAAAAAAAAAAAGGACUCGGUCGGCUCUUGAUUCACUGACUUGCAUCCAUAUUCCUGCGCUUGGUGCUGGUCACUUGCACUUUGUUUCAACUUCUACCUUGUUCCUUGUUUUAUUGCACCCAUUUUGAAAUCACUGGUGGUCCCUGUAAUCUGAUUGGCUCUAAUUGGUGCGAUUUAUUCAUGAAUCACACCAUUUUUUUUCUUUAAAUCGCACCAUUUUUCCAGCCAAUGAGGAGGCUACACUGAAAACAAAACAACCAAUCAGAUUUCAAGGCUUGUUUAAAGUAACCAAUGUAAUUGCAGGAAAAUGAAAGACAAAGAGUAACAUGUGGCAAAUUUUGCAACCUUUGUUUCCAAAACUCUUUUUUUCCCCCCCCCCCCCUAAAAAAUGGAUGAAUUUAAUUUCAAACUAGCUCAGUACUGCAUCAAUAAAAUAUUUGAACUGACCAAGUCGUACUUGGGCGAUUCCAAAAUGGAUGUUACAAAGUGGUAAUUGAACCUUGUGUCGUGCAAUUUUGGUCUGAAAUCAUACUCGUGAUUUCAAAUCGAACUUGCGCUGUGCUGUGCAGUUCAAUUACCAUUAUUUAUAUCCUUGGUUGUCAAUGGUCCGCCAUGCGAUUUGAUCGGUAGGGCGAUAAUCAUCUGAAGAUCGUUUGCAAACUUUAUAGUCCUUCUCAUAUGCAAUUUAGAGCUAGCGAUUCUUUUUCCUUUUCUCAGUGAUAUUUACAACUUUUGCUGUUUUAUUUCUUGUCUUUUAAGCGCCUGGAUAAAAACACCACAGGUCACCUUAAUGCGAAGCAAUUUCAAGACUUGUUUGACGCACUUGACCGAGUAACCAGACGUCGAAUUAGACCUCCCAUGAGUUACGUGGAGAAUCCUCUGCUGAGAAAGAUUCAAAUUAUUGUAUCUAGCAGAUGUUUUGACUACGCCGGGGAUUUAAUGUCUGGGGUUAACGUGCUUCUUGUUUCUGUAAGUGUUCUGUAAGUGUAUGAAGCAAGGGCACAGGUUGUGAGUUAGUGAGUUAGUAAGUUAGUGGGUGCGCACGUACGUGCUUACGUACAUGCAUACGUACUUACGUGCGCACAUACUUCGUGCGUGCGUGCGUAUUUGCUUAUCAUUCCUCAAUCACCUGCCUCUCUACCUUGGACUGUCAAAUUAAUUGAAUUGAUUGUGGGUUAAUGAUUAAUGAGUGUUCCCAUUUUCGAUUUUUUUCCGCCAUUUCCUUAAUGUUCUUUCCUUCAGCACUCGUUUCACUGCCUCUCGUUUCACUUCGCAAUAUAUAGGUAAUGAUUUCGAGUGCAAUUUGUUGUUAAUAAGCACGAGUAAAUUUUUCAAAGACAAAAAAUUACACGAGUCCGUAGGACUUGUGCAAUUUCUAGUCUUUGAAGAAUUUACGAGUACUUAUAUACAACAAAUAUCACCAGAAAUCAUGUUGUAACUUGUAAAUAUUUUAUAUGAAAAACGUGAAAAUUCCUUUCAGCCCAGUGUUGUCUCGGCCCUUUAGGAGAGUUUCCGACAUAAAUUUGUUUAUGAAUAUUUCCCCAACGUCCAGUCGUGCAUUUGUCUGAAAAUACCACCAAUUCAUACCGUGAAUUUUGGAUUAAUUUUAGUGUCAUUGACUUGAAAUUUUCAGUCAUCAGAUUUGAUUCUUGCACUCUACCCACGAGGAGAAGUAAACACCGCUUGUUACACCCUACACAUGUUAAACGUGUGAAGAGUACUAGGAGCAAUUACCGGCAUUGUAAGACUGUUUUAGUUUCAUGACCUCACGGAUCUAAAGAUUUUAACCUCCCGCUCGCACCCCUAAUUAUUCAAGUAUUAGUGUACCAAAAUGGCAGCCUAGUGCAGCUAGUAUAGGUAAUCACUUGAUUUCUCGUGCAAUAUAGAAUAAAUAAGCACGAAUAAAUUUUUUCAAAGACUAACAAGUGGGCGAGUGCAAUUUGCGGUCUUUGAAAAAAUUAACAAGUGCCUAUUUAUUCCAAAUUGCACAAGAAAAAUCAUGUGAUUACGUAUUAAUAAUAUACAUGAAAAAAUACGAGAUAGCUCAUCGUAAUUAUGCAUAAGCGAAGCGCGCGCAUCAAGUGCAAAAAUAAUUUAUUCAAACCAUGCGUUCGGUCAAAACAACCGCGUACCAUCACAACAAAAAUAUACAAUGAUAUUUUCACAUCUUUAAGGCACAAUGAAGUUCAGAGUCCGGCUGAAUAGUUCAAGGAAUUGUUCAGUCUGUGUCCAAAUCACUUUCGAUGAAAUGGAAUCUUCGUUUCUGAGGUUUAACCAUGUUCGUUUUUAAUUUCGGCGUAGGAUCGCUCGAGCAAAGUGUUGAGCUGGGUCGGCUCGUAACUCUCGAUUUCCUUGGCAGUUCCCUUCUCUAAACACUACUUUUUCCAAACCGACAACCAAAGAACACUGCCUUUUACAGUGUUUUCGUUGUUAGAGCUGUUUUUCAGCUGCUGUAUUGUUUUUGUGGUGGCGAAAUAAAACUUACUUAAAACGCCGGCAAUUGUUUCGCUCGCAAAUUUUCAGCGUAUCCACCAAAUGUUGCGACAUCCAAGCUAUCUGUGAGUUUCUUUGAUUAUUGACCAAUCAGAGUGUCUGGUUUGUUACUUCUUUGCACUGAAUUAACCCUCUUCUGCUCUGAAUUACCUGAAAACUGCAUUUAUUUUAACCAAUCAGAACUGAGUAAUUUUUUCAUGUAUCUUAUUAUCCUGGAGAAAUUAAAUUUUUUUUUCCGAAGAGGUGGAAGGUUUUGCACCAGCUCUUAGAAAAGUUUUUUUCCUUCUUCUCUCUUUUUUUCUUUUUAGAUCCUUCUGGACUUUGAAUACGACAAGACUUGGAAAACAAACAACUCUCAUUUAUCAGUAAGUAAUAUUUCUGGAACGGAUUUUCAGCAAAUAGUUGCGUAAGAAAAACAAAGUAGCCUUGUACCAGAAAAAAGUAUAUUGACUAUAAUUUGUAUAGUUUUGUUAAGGUUAUAUAGGUUAUCAUAAGUUUAACUCGCUGUAUAAAAAAAAGAACUCUGUAGUACUGGCUCUCUACCACAUACUUUCUUAUUCGUACAUAUAAUACCUGAAUAGCAAUGAAGUAUUUACAUGUACACUUUAUACUAGAAAAACCUACUGUCCCUGGUAAACAUUUACACUGAAUUGUGACAAUCUGAAAUUGGAGAUUGAUUAAUUUUUGACGCUCGAAGUUUCUCACAUUUCUAAUGAUCAUUGUGUCUCCGUUGCUUUUUUAUUCUGCAGAUUGUUAACUUCUUUUUCGUGCUAUACUAUACUAUUGAACAGGUAAAACAGUUGUAUAUCAUCAAAUACUGGUCUCAAAAUUAACCGAAUUGCAUUAGAUCUGUGUUGCCAAAUAGAAGAUGCUUUAGUAUUUUAAGGUCCAGUUAAGCAUUUUGCAUUCCGAUUUUAGUUAUUUGCCUUCAGUUUUAAAAUUAUUGGUCAUUAUUGUUGAUGAUACACGAGGCAGUAACGUAUCAAAAGAUCAUUGCUUUCUCACUGAAAAUUUCCAUCCUUUAAACCGGUUUUUUUGGUGUGUGAGUGUCUUUCUUACUUUUAUUUUGACUAUUUUCCUUUUGGAUAAAAGGGGGGGGGGGGUGGGGAGUGAAAGGAAACCCGAUGUUGUGUUACAAUAGUGAUUUUUCACAGAAUGUCAACGGAGUCCAUGUUUAGCAUCCUAGUUUACAUUUGUUUUGUUUUCCUCAAAAAGUCGCAGAGUUUUCCAGGCUGACCCUCUGUCUUUAAAUUAUUGUCUUUUUUUUCUAGAUCGUAAAACUGUGGGCUAUUGGUUGGCAAAGAUAUCGUUCAUCCUUAGUAAGUGAGGAUAUUUAAGGAUAAGGAAUUUUUAUGCGCAACAUUUCUUAAAGCCUCUUAAUACUGAAAGCUGGCGUGUACAGGGCCACACGGGUUGACGUGGGUCGGUACGAAAAAAACCGUCUGGCCCAGUUUCACACGGCUUUGUCGCAAAAACUUAAGGGAAAAAACAGAAAAGAGUUAAAAAAAGUCGUGUUUUUCGUGAAUUUCUUGUUCUGCCUCGAAAAAACAAAGGAAAAGUUCUUAUUGUAGAAUCUUUUUUUUGUGGUUGUCUUGUGUGCUAUCGUAUUUGGUUUGAAACAAAAUUUUCGUAAUUUCUAACACUUAGUGUUCGUAUGAUCAAAUACUUAUUGACUGGGUUUGGUCGGGCAUCAUGACCUCGAGACAAAUAUUUUCCCGUCCGCCCUCCCACUCAGUCAAUAAGUACAUAUUUUACUGAUAAAAAUUGUGAGCCCGUAUUUGUUACGCCCGGUUAGGAUGCAUUAUAAGUAUGAAAGACUUUAAGAUCUUAAGAUGUUUGUGACAACUGGUACUGGGAGUUUACUUUGGAAGUAAAGAACUGACUGCGUUUUUCCACAGGUUGAUCUCUAUUGUGGUGUUGUUACCCUCUUAUUGGUGGUAUAUAUAUAUUUUUAUUUUAUUUCAUCAAGUGUACUUAACCUUUUGAUCCUUAAGAGUGACUAGCUUCAAAUUUCUCCUUUCAAUAACCUCUCUGAAUCACAAGAAUAUUCACCUUGUGAGCACCCUAGGAAAUGUCUGGAGAAUAUGCAUUCUGAUCUUAAGAUGAAGGGUUAAGCGCUCUUAGUCAGCGUUCUUUGUCAGAAUUAUUUUGCAAAGAAUUUAUGAUGUUGUUCUUAAUCCUUUGGACUAAGAAUACGGCAGUUUGGAGGGUGAGAAAAGGACAUAAAAAGUGAAAUAUAGUCGAGUGAGCCGAAUAUUUUUUCUUAAGAUCUUCAUGUCUGUUUUGAAUAAUCAGUUGGUACUAUUCAGUUGAUUGAAGGCGAACUGCUAUUGUUUGCGCUUCAGGCCCUUGAGAUUGUCCAUGUCUCUAUCUUUGGCCCUCCUUUCUCGAGGUAAGUAAAAACGUUAUGAUACACAGUUUCCACGUCUUCCUCGAAUUUUAUUUCUGUAUUGCUUUUUUGCUGUGUUGCGUGGCUUUUCUCAGCUUCUUCAUUACAUAUCUUUCUCUUGGAGUAAAUGCAGGGUUGGUAUGUCUUUGAGUCGUUGGAAAAGCCUCAUCAACAGUCUGUUUUAGUCAUAGAAAGUUGAAAAUACUCAAUACCAUAAAUUGAACUUUAAAAGGUUUUUUUUCUUUUUCGCUCUCAGCUCAUCAAGUAGUCAACCUCUACACAAUCUAGAAAGUAUCUUCUCCUUAGCGAACAUGAUACGAGUAAUCAAUAUGUUGAUUAUCUUCAGACUUUUGAGAAUAGUUCCUAGCAUCAAGGUACGACAGUUUAUCUCUUUAUUACUCAGUUUGCAUUUUUUUAAUCAAUGAACAUCAAUGUAAGACCCUUAACUCCUUCAUCGUGUAAGCAGCACGAUUUUGGAUGUGCUUGACGGGGCUGCCGAAGCUAUUUCCGCGUUGUGUACUGUUCAAAAGAGUCAUGGCAAUUUAAGACUUGAUUGUAGACGAAAAAGGAGGAAAAUUAUUUUGUCUCACUAAGAAAAUUCCUGGAAGUUGAGCGAUGAUGAAUUAAUUUCCUAUGUACCAUUGGCGGCAUUAUUGCGCAAUUGUUAGACCUAUAAACUACGUUGAGUGGCAAAAGUCUGUGCACGCUCUACUACUUUUAAAAGUAACCUCUUUCCCAGCUCCUUUUCAAUGUCGCCUGAUGUUGACAAAAUGCUUCAUUGUUUGAGGGGAAGGGGGAGGGGAGGUGGGGGAGGGGGGAAGGGUUUCAAGUAACUAAGUAGAGACGAAUGACAAGAUUUCUGUUUAUUAUGUUGAGUAGAGGGUUGUCGACCACAUAGUGAGGAGAGGCGUACCAACUACUUUUGUCACUCAAUUAAGAGUUAGUCUUAUUACUGAUGUUGAUACUUUCACAUCUUCUCUUAUGUUUUGUGUUUUGUUUCCUUUUCAGUCUCUUUCCCUCAUUGUUGAAACACUGAUAAAAUUAUUAAAACACUUGCGGCCUUUUGGGGGCAUUAUAGUGGUAUGUAGAAUAUCUUUUGCUUGCAAGUUGAAAGAAACUCACAAAUAAUUCUCAUCUCCACUGAAAUUGUAACCUCAAACGACAAACAGUUGCAGCAUAAAAAUCAGAAAUAGCUGCAAGCAAAAUAUUGCUUAGAUGGCAAGCUUCAGAUGAAGCUGUCAUGACUAAUUGUUUUUCUGGGUUUGCUUCUCAUUGCCCCUAGAAAAGAUGGGUUUUCCCAUUAUUGUUUAAAUAGUCAGAAAGGUCCUCUCAAAGCAUUCAAAGCUGACUAAACACGUUUUAAGAACAAGCUUUGGGUUCCUUGUGACAGUGGCUUAUCUCGUUACAGGCCUCUUAUUAUGUGUUUGCCAUAUUGGGAAUGAUGCUCUUCGAAGGCGUGACCAGUCCGUCAGCUGUCGGUGCUGAAAAAACAAGGUAAGUUGUUUCAAUUGAUUGUAAGUUUAACCUUAGUAAAUUCCCAAGAUUUACCAAUUAGUAGAAUCUCCCCAGGAUAUUAGUAUACUUCUAAGAAAACAGGCGUUGAGAAUAACUAGAUACAUCAACCAAGGUGGUUUGACCACUAACGCUCCCAACUUGAAUUUUAAGAACUGUAGUCCAGACGAUACGAAGAAUUAGGUGUUGGUUGUUAAAGGUUACGAUAUACUGUAGAGCAUUAGGUGUGUUUUGACCGGUGUUUUGUUUCAAUUCUCAGAAUUCUUUCUCAAAAGUGUGGUUCUUUUGACCAGUUGCAGUACUACGCCAACAAUUUCGACGAUUUUGGGGUAAUGCUCACUUUUGUUAUAAAAACAAUUUCUGCCGUCACCUCAAAGCACAAAAACAAUCAGUUACUUAACUGCUUCGAAAUACUGAGCUUCCAAAUUUACAAGCUAACAGUUGGUCGCCAACGCGACUGAAAUUUGGACGUUGGCGCUUGCAAUCUGAAUACAAGUAUCCAGCGGGCCUCUUUCCCAGCGUUUUGUUAAUUUGAAACUCAGAAUGGCAGUAAACACAAUAAGAUAGGUUCACAAGAAAACGUGUGUAAAGGAACUUUCUCUCGGACGAAGAGCUAACGCUCAGAGCGUCAGCUUCGGAAACUCUUCACGGUGGCCAAUUUAAAACCAAAUUAUCCCGUAAUGAACUUACCCCCUCUCACGUUAGGUGAAGGUUUUUCAACAUGUUUUGUUCAUUUAUCUACAGGCAGCUUUGGUUGUACUGUGGGAUCUGAUGGUAGUGAACAAUUGGCAUGUAUUUCUUAAAGAGUACGCCGCAGUCGUGAGUAGGUAAGUUAACCUUUCUUCUUCCUGUCAAUAUCCUCGUCGGCAAUUAUCUAUGGAAUUAAGGGAUGUACAAAUUCAACUCUGUUGAGUUUUUUUCGUACCAUGCGUUGUUACAACAGCUUCUUUACACGUCAAAAUUUUAUAGACAGGGGUACAAGCUGUAGCGUAGUACUUUAAACUUUACUCAAUUUUUUUCUUUCAGUUGGUCACAACUAUAUUUUGUUGCCUGGUAUCUUAUCUCAGUUAUUCUCAUCAUUAAUCUGUUUAUUGCCUUAAUUCUCGAGGUAAGUCUGCUUCCUUGGCUUUCUCCGCGUAUAUUUCUUUUUACCCUUAAUAGCCUUUCAACAAUCAAGAGCUUCUUUUGUUGAUGAUAAUUUCAUCGCAUUACCUUAAUGUUUGAUUCAGGAGUGAUGUUGUGAGGAGAAAUCAGAUGCAAUGCACUCCUAGGGUGAUGACAGAUUGAAACGAAAGUCGAGUACGUUGAAAAUGAUCGGUCAGCUUUUCUUGCUAUGUUAUUGUUUUAGAGGUAUCCAGUCAGUGGCGAUAUCUUUAUCAUGGGUUCAGUGAAAAUACACUUUCCAUAGGUUUUUGACUUUUCGAAGUCAUUGAUAUGAAACGAUUUGGUAUUUUUAAUUACCCAAUUACGUGGGAACUUCAAAAGAAAGGUUUUGCUUUUGGAGUUGCUGAAAAAGUUUGAGAGUUUGAUCAUACUUUCACAGGCAUUUAUCAGUCAAUGGGAGACGAAACAGCAAAGAAUGAGACAAAACAAUGGAAUGAGGACGCUUGAGGUGAGUUUGACCAAAAAAAUCUAAAAUUUGCUCAUCAUUUGGCGAUUUUGUUUGUUUGUUGGUUUUUUCGUUGUUAUUGGGUCAGUUGCUGGGACAGUUGCUUAUCAUACCUCCGCCAAAAUAUGUUAGAGAAAAAUCACCAGUCGAAUUCCACCACUUUGCGAUGUCAGAUGGUCAGAUGUGGCAAGAUCCUUAAUGUACGUAGAAGGGCAGUUCCCUCGCGUGAGUCCUCGCUCAUGUGCACAGCUUAUCAGAGCGCAUUUUUUACAAAUUAACCUCUCCUGUAUAUCACUAUUUGUUAUCAAAGCAUUUUUAGACCAGUUUAUUGAGUUGAACCGUUUGAUAGCAAUUUGUCAGAAUUUUAAUUUUUAAAAUAAUCACCAACAAAUAACAUGUGUAACAAAAAAGGAGGACGAUGGCUGCCUACUCCUAUGAAUAUAAUUUUGAACUGACUGGUGUAACAGACGUUGAUUUUAGCCGAUACUUCCGGGAGAUUUACAGUCAUACACAUACACACGUUAAACGAUGCUUAAAAAUGCUAUAGGCGCGGAUAACAUACGUGGUUAGACGUAUGAUACACACUUUCCGUCCGAAUUUUUCCUGGUCUACAGUGAAAUACUGUACUAAGUUUUUCAUGAUCUUUUACCCUAAUAUGUCUUGGUAAAGUGGCGUAAUAAUGUAAUAAUAAAAUGCGUUACAAUAUACUGAGUUCCUAGUCAGCGGGGCACGAGCUCCUUGCCCUCCUUAAUUUGGAUUAAUGUUCUUGAACAAUUUCAAUAUAUAGACAAAUAAAAUAAAUUUUAUAUUCGAUAGUGGAUCAUAGAAGACGGAAAGACCAUUAGUGACACACGCCUGCGGUGUGUUCGGCUCAUUUUUUUUUUAUUUCUUCCUCAUACUUUGAUAUAAUUUUUGGUCUAUUAUUGACAACAUGGAGUCUACUUUUUGGAAACAAGUUUUGUUCUUGUUUCUCCUACAGACCGAAGCGACAUCACACGUAGGUAACCGUUUUCAUCAACUCUUUAGCGCCGACUUAGUUGAGCCGACUGAGGAAGAUUUAGUGAUUGAAUUGUCAGGACACCACCAUUAUAGAUUUAAUGUUCAAGGUACUGUUGAAAAUACCGUAAACUUUUGCUUAUGGAUGAAUUAUUAUCCUUUAUUGCUGUCAUUGUGUAUUCAAACCAUGUAUCUCACAAAAAGCCACUGAGAACGCAAAGUAAGAACAAGCCUAUUUCCUCAAGGACGGGAAAACGCAAGUAGCUAAGUAGCAUUUGGUUUUGGUUUAUCAUUUGACCGGUUGCGAGGUGGGCACGAAUUUUACAGACCAAUCAAAGAGCGAGGUGAAGCAAAACCAAUGCCUUCCCAAAUUAGUUUCAUCCUCUUUUGCUCGGCUGAAAAUUUCUCAGAGAUAUAGUCAAAUCUCAAGCUUUGCACCAGACAACCUUGUUGCCGAGGCCAUUCAUCUUUACGGAUUCUGUGCGCCUCAGGGAUCAGAUGAAGAGAGAAUGGUAGCAAGUUGACAAACAAAUCAAUUUUGAAUGAACUUAUCUCAGGGGACGAGUGGGUGGGUAUAGCAGCCUGUGAUCAUUUUGGAUUCUUUGGUUGGAUCUUAGUUAAAUGUUUUCUUCCGACCUUAAAAGAGUGUGAGCAUCGUCCACUUUUGACUCGUGAUUAAACACAAUAAUGAAUCUAUCUCAAACACAAAUUGUUGGAGAAAGACACUCAACAAACUGUUAAAGCAAGGUCUUCCGAACUGAACAGUGACAUCGAAGAAUUUCAUGGGUUCAAAACAAACUUUGCAUCAUAUGUAUAAAAAGAAAUCCUAAGUCCUCGAUGUUUAAAGUUUCAGAGUCUCACGACCAAAUGUUUACUAAAUUGAAAGGCCUUUCUUCAUAUCACUGUCCCUGCAGAUGUCGAUUGAAUAUCCUUUCUUUUCUGAGAAGUUAAGGAGAUUUGUCAUUCGGUGUCUCUUAGUCUUACCUCAAAACUUAGGGAAGAGAGCAAAUAGAUGUACUUACUGCAAAAUGUUCAUUGACAGACAACCAUGAAAAGUACAUUGUCCUAGUUCAGUGUUGUAGUACUGUUUGGCCCUAACGCCCUAAUUUGAUAAACGUUUCUUAAAUUUAAACUGUAUUGUAAGAAUUUUAUUCUUUGCUUACAGGCUCAGGAGAAAUGUCUUGCGGACGACCGUUUCAAUCAUUAUAGGCUCUGCUUGGUUGACCCAAAUGAGGGAAAUCUGCCGAGUGAAAACAGUAAAACGGUUGUACCGCUCACUUGAGGAGUGUUUAUAUUCACACGUUUCCAAAUUCGUCUGUUUCUUCGUCUUGUGUACGUGCAACGUAAGGAUGCCAUCUUAGAUGGCGAAAAUUACGUCAACACCAUUUGUUUUCGUUCCUUAUCAACUGCGUCGGUUACCCGCUCGUGGCACCCUUCAUAUAACAUUCUUGGACGGUAACUAAUACCCCAUUCACACCAAAGAUUAAAGAUGUUUUAAGGCUGUUUUGUUAAACACGUCUAAAUUUGUUUUUCAUAGAAGCUGCUGACACCGAUGUUUGUCGACUUCAAAUUUAGUACAUUAAAAAUGCAAGUUAGCGACUAUUAGAAACUUUUGAAAAAUUCAGUUUUUUCAGUGCUCAGUUUUUGGUUUUUAUUCAGUUAAACCUGGUUUGACUAAAUUUCUUUUGCUGGUGUGAAUGGGCGAUAAGUAUUCACAUUUUUUCCCAAUUGAUCAAAGUUCCCAUAUAAGUUGAGACGGUGAAAGGCGUGCCCCGUCUUUAAGAAAAUCCUUUACUUCAAAAGCAUAUUUUGUAUGCACCUGAGGCUUUAAACAUAGUCUUGAAGUUGUCAUUUAGCACCCCCUCCCCCCCUUUUUU